CUUUCUCAUUAUAAUUUUCCAAAAGGAUUGUAGUUGGAGCACUGUUGUAUCUCGAGGGCACAAAAACCUUCCCGCGAUCACGAUUAUUAUCUAUACAAGAUAAAAUAAUCUUGUGGUCCUUCUUAUCUAUACAGAACACUGGGCUAAUUCGUAAAGUCCCAAACUAAAAGCGUAAUAAGUUCUCCAUCCCACACCACUAAAGCUAGAACAGCAAAGAACUCAAUUUACCUGGCAACUUUUACCAUCUACUGUAGCACCUCUCCAUUGUACUGUAAUGUGCUGAUUUAUUGCAGUUCUGGUGUUCAUGUUCUGAGCCUUGCUUGUGGGCUAUAUCUCCCAUUUCAAGCUGACUAGCCAGGAAUUUUCCUUCAUAACAAACUAUAAACUGGAUCUGUAAAAUGACUAUAUAGAUAUUGGCAUACAGGUAAAAAGGUUCAACACAGCAUUUAUUGUGUAUUUCCCCCAAAAGAAUUUAACUUCCUUAAAAUGAGAAAUACUUUUAUCCUGUGUUACAGAGUAAUUUAACGCCUGCUCUUUUAAAUAUUUUGCCCUUCGUUUCUGUUGCUGCUAACCACUGAAAAAUAAUACGUCAGUUACAACUGCACUUAAGCAAUUAUGACAUGAAGUGAUUUCUUGAAUUGAGGCGUUGUCCACACAGUAUCACCUCAACUCAAAACAUGCACUGAAUACUGAUAACGACGACUUCGUUGAACUUUAAAAAUGAUCAAAAUAUAUUUUUCUCCUUUUUUUUUGUGAGAAUACUUAAAUAGAACUUCAGUUAGCCCAACCAGAUUUUAAAACAGGUUUGGUUCGUGUUAGUGACCCAACCACGUGCAAGGCUCUCAUGUGAAUGUCGUGACAUGGAAGAAAUGUAAACAAUGAUAUUGUGGUGACUCAACGACCUUGUAGCACCAGUCAAUCACUUCACUUGCAAUGCACGUUUUCAUCAGUUGCUCCACAAACACGACUGGUCGAGACAACUUCUAGCAUGGCGGGACCUCCAAAAGUGGUGAGUCUUAACGUCGGUGGCCAUGUAUACACCACCACUCUGUACACCGUCACUCAAUAUUCCGACUCGAAACUAGCGGGGCUUUUUAGCGGAGACAUUAGCCAAGUACCCAGAGAUCCGAAAGGAAACUACUUCAUUGAUAGGGACGGUGCACUAUUCAAACACGUCCUCAAUUUCCUACGCACGAGAAAGUUGACCUUUCCGGAAGACUUCCAGGAUUUUGCACAACUUGAGAUCGAGGCAACGUUCUAUGGGAUUAAACCCUUGGAAGAAGCAGUCCAGAAGGCACGAAAAAGUCAACAGACCCCCAGAUCUGGCCCAGAGAUUUUACGGCUCUUCUAUAGCUCGAAGACAAAGCUGGUCUUGGCCGGUGGAUUGGCGAUGCUCAAGCAGCUUGUUCCAAAUGCUCGCAUGUUGGGUGGUACUAUUUCAAGCGGUUCUACUUAUAACGUCAAGACAAGAGAGGGAAUUGUCGAAGGAGGGCAAGCUCAAAUCCCAAUCAAACUGGAACAGCUAGAUGCUUUUCUACAACAUGUCGUCGAUGAGGGUUUUGAAGUGAAGAUGUCAAAUUUCUUUUUGGACGGUAACGCAAGUCAAGUAUGGGUCUUCGUUAGAAAAUAAUAAUCAGCUAGCAAAAGUAACAGGUGGUCUAACAACGGUACGGAAUUGAAACAGAGAGGCAACUGUGUUAAACCUUUUUUUUUUUUAAUUUGACUGAACAUUGCUGCGGACGGCAUUUCGGUAAAAUAUCUGUUUAUCUACAUUUAGGCGAUAAAGUGUGACUGAUUAGUAAUAUACUUGAUUUUAAUUAACAAAUGAAAUGGUAUUAUACUUUUUGGGGGGGAGCGGCUGUUGUUGUACCGAUAUUGCUCAUUCUGUAUUACAUCAUUAUAUGAUAUCACAUUUUGAUCAAUAACAAAACUUUUAGAAGAAUGAUCCAAUUUCAGAAUGUAAACAUUGACACGGUGAAUAGAAUACAACAUGGGUAUAAAUAUGUCUUGAGUUAAAUGUA